AUGGAUUCGGCUGACCGUGAGCCUGAUCCUUUCUCCAGCGAGAGUCUAUGGAGGCUUUCCAGGUUUAGUAUUGAGACUCUGCAACCAUUAGAGGAUCUACCGUGGAACGCGGACUUGCCGACGAUCCCCAAAGCAUGCUUCCAAGCACCACUUGAUAUCAUUGACACACCUGACCCGAUAUGGAAGCUCAGUCUCUUCCCAAAUGACCUGGAACGCCCCGAGUCGUCGGCCAAUUCAGUCAUCGACCCUUCCAUCGAUGCCCAAUCCGAUGCGGCACUAGACCCCCUCCGCGAUCUCGCAGACGUUAAUGAUAUCUGGAAACUUGAUUCUCUACAGGAGGAUUCCUGCCAUGUUGCUCCCCCGAAGACGUGGGAGAAAUUCACAGAUCGAUUACAUCGUGAACCAGUGUCGGCAUACUUCACCGAAUCAGGUGCGAAAGGCUUCGAUGCCGCGCUAGCACACCAAGCAAAUGCAAAAGGAAAGCCAAUCGCGGGCCGUUUGGUUCGAGACGACGUCUUUAUUUGGUCUUUGCUUCGCCUUGGACUCGGAUGGAGCUCGUCCUUUUUCCGCUACAAUGAGGGGAUAAAGACGUUUGAGAGACAAAUGAAUGAUGUGCGCGUUUCAGGUGUGAGCCUUGCAAUGCUAGAUACUGUCAUUUCAAGUGUUCUGCAAUGCGGUACGAACAUGCAGCACGUACGGCUCUUUGCAAAAAAUGCGCCAACCAAGUCCAAGGACCUGUCUUCCCUGUUCACGUUGCGCGGUACCAUUGCAAUCAUCAUCUACAACCUCGAACAACAAAUUCUCAUAUAUUCUCAAAAUAUCGUCUCAGUACUACAGGUCAUGAUACUGUUUCAAAGAUGUGGGGACUUGAUAAGUUCUCUCGCCGAUAUUGUCCAUGUGGCGGAAAAGGCCAGUUCAGAUGCACAGGUCAUAUCUGCUGUGAUUGAGCGGGCAGCAAUCUUUACCCAUAUGUUUGGGUGGAUGGAGAACCUCUUACAGGAGAUUGUUGUCCGAGUUACUAGCCCCUGGUUCGAAUUCGUCGAACGCUGGAUAGGGCUGCGGCCUGAAGAGGGUGCUCUCAGCGAACUGGUUGCAAGCGGAAGGAUGUUUGUUCAGUUGGAGCAUCACGAUGACCCUACCAAGUUCAAGACUGGCUCCAAAAGGAUCGAGUAUAACUAUCUUGGCGCCAACAUGCCUUCUUUCAUACCUCAAGACCAAGCACGGACCAUCUUUGAGAGUGGACGGAGUCUUCGACUUCUGAAGAGAUCACACCCACACCACCCUAUUGCACGGCAUGACGUGCUUCCCCGUGCGGGAAAUCUUCAUUUACAUUGUGCAACUACGUGGAAUGAUAUUGAACGAAUCCAAAGGCGUGCAAAUGAGUAUGAGUCGAGUCUUCGCAAUGAAAUUUUGAGAUACCACAGAGGACAGAACUCUAUACAACCAGCGGAAUCGGACACUCCUGGAAGCAAUGAACCAUCAUGUGGUAACCUGGAUGCCACGUAUGAGUUAUUCGAUAUGGACAACGAGAGAAUUAUCUCGUUGUCUGUCCUAGAUCGAAAGGCUCUUGCCAACGAAAAGGUCAACCAAUUACUCCAGACGGCCCGAGAGCCGGGUUCGGAUUUUGUCGAUGACGCCAGUCGAUUUGGCCCUGAGUUAUCAUCUGCGCUUUACCUCUCGCUUGCUCCGGUCAUUACUUCCCAGGCACAACUCAUCGACUUCUCUUAUCUACACCAUUUGUUCAAAGAACACAACGUACGGCACCACCUGGACCUCCAAUGGCGAUUUCAAUUGCUCGGGGACGGCUGGUUUGCCUCCCGUCUCACACAUUCCCUGUUCGACCCGGAGAUGGAGAGCGGCGAACGCAAGAAAGGCGUAGUUCGGAGUGGUGUUCAUACUGGAUUACGUCUAGGAAGCCGUGAUGCCUGGCCUCCAGCGAGCUCUGAAUUGCGACUGGUUCUCAUCGGGCUUCUUGGUGAUUGUUAUUUUUCUGAACAGGACCCCGAAAACUUGGAAAAGACCGAGAAGAAACAAGACAACGAACUUCCAGGUGGACUGAGCUUUGCGAUCCGCGAGUUGACGGACGAAGAGAUUGAGCGGUGCAGAGAUCCGAAUGCUAUCGAGGCAUUGGAUUUCCUCCGUCUCCAAUACAAACCGCCUGAAGCUCUUGAAGCACUCAUAACAGCAAAGUCAUUGAAGAGGUAUGAUCGUCUCUUCAAGCACUUGCUACGCCUAUUGCGCAUGGUGUCUGUAGUCAAGGGACUCGUUCGCGACUCGACCAACCGCGGCUCCAUGUCUGGGGACGUACGCAAUGUCUUCCAAAGAUUCCGCAUUGAUGCACAACAUUUUGUGCUUGCAAUUAGCGACUACUGCUUCCACGUCGGAAUCGGAUCUAUCUGGGACCAGUUUCAGAAGACGCUCACUAGAAUUGAGCACUGCCUUGACCGCGGUGACAUCGACGGAACGAUUGAAGCCGCUCACUCCGUCCCGCGCCUGCGUGACUUCCACGAAAACAUUCUUGACCAGAUGCUUUUUGCGUUUUUCCUCAGCAAACGGCACGCACAGGCGGCUAAGCUCUUGGACUCCAUCUUCGGCACUAUACUCGCCUUUAGCCCCCUGUCCAAGGUAGAUGGGUUGAGUGGACUAAAAUCCGAAAGCGAAGGAACUGUCCAGCACUUAUACUCGACUUUCCGGAAACAAACGUCCGCCUUUGUUGGUUAUCUUCGUGCCCUUGACACGGGCAAGGCAUCUUCCAAGUCCAUGGGAAAGUCAGAAUCGUUGCUUAGCUCUCGUGCUGACACGACCAGUGUUUUCGAGCAUCUGCGAGUCAGGCUAGAUGUAAGGGACUACUACUGA